CGUAGUGGUUGGCAGCGCGCGCAUACUUAGCAUACUUCAGCGGUUCAGCCCAGCAGCUUCAGCGCUUGCGAGCUUGUGAGCGGGCGGCGCGGACUCGUCUCAGUCAAUCGCGGCCGGGGCGGGCGACGCGCCUGAUGCGCAAGUGACUUACUCCGACCUAUCGGUUUAAAUUCGUUCGCGCUUUCGUUUGAAUUACGCGCAUAACGCGCCUGAUUUCGCCGGGGGUGCGCGAUAACAACACAUUUAUCUGGGAGAAUGGAAACUCUACGGCGACUUGGGUCGCCGCUUCUCAUAUUCGUGGUACUCGUAGCACAAUUUACAAUAAUCGACUCGUUUAGCCACCAUGUACGACAUAGAAGAGACAGAUUUAAGCGUCAACAAGGCGAGAAUCUCUAUUUGCCUGCUAGUUACGUGACAAAUGAUGCGGAGGGUUAUGGUGACAGUGGUCCCUGGCAGGACUGGUCCUCUCCAAGCGCUUGUACCCGCAGCUGCGGUGGUGGUGUUGCUACUCAAUACCGUGUCUGUCAACCGGGAUACGAAUGUCGUGGACCAUCGAAGCGUUUCUUCUCUUGCAGUACACAGGAUUGUCCCGACAAUGGCGACUACCGAGAACAGCAAUGUUCAGAGUACGAUAGUAUCCCUUUCGAGGGCAUCACAUACCAGUGGGUUCCAUACCUAAAAGCACCGAACCCCUGUGAGCUCAACUGCAUGCCACGUGGUGAACGUUUCUAUUAUCGUCACAAACUGCAUGUCGUCGACGGUACUCCCUGCAAUAAUGAGAAACUCGACGUGUGCGUUGAGGGUAAAUGUCAACCUGUAGGCUGCGAUCACAUGUUAGGGUCUAACGCACGAGAAGACAAAUGCCGGGUAUGUGAUGGAGAUGGAUCAUCAUGUAAUACGGUUUCCAACACAAUUGACUUACAAGAUCUACAAGUUGGGUACAAUGAUAUUAUUUUGAUACCGGCUGGUGCAACCAAUAUUGAUAUCAGAGAACGGGCUCCAUCUAAUAAUUACCUUGCUGUUCGUAACCAGACAGGGCAUUAUUAUCUUAAUGGAAACUGGAGAAUUGAUUUCCCUAAAACCUUGGAGUUUGGUGGAUGUAAAUUCCAUUAUACCAGAACACCGCAAACAUUUUCCGCUCCUGAUAUGUUAACUUGCGUAGGACCCACGAAUGAACCUUUGAUUAUUUCACUAUUGAUGCAGGAUGUCAACGUUGGUGUAGAGUUUGAAUACAGUGUGCCCAGUAAUAUUGUCCCUAGUGGUCAGAAUGAAACCUACGUCUGGACAUAUGACCAAUUUACUCCUUGUACUUCGAGUUGUGGUGGAGGAGUGCAAUAUCGUAAUGUUUCCUGUGCUGGGCGUGUUACCUUAGAACCAGCUGAUCCUAGUCUGUGUGACCCUAGCAAUCGUCCCUCUGAUAGUCAACGUUGUGGUGAUCAGCCUUGUGAUGCCAACUGGAUUGCAAAACCAUGGGGUAAAUGCUCAGCACCUUGUGGUGUUGGUGGAAAUCAAACUAGACAAGUUGUUUGUGAGCGUGUAAUUGCCAGUGGAGUAGCUAGUAUAGUCGAUGAUGAACAGUGCGACAAUAUUCAGAAACCACCUACUGAACAACCUUGCAAUCAAGGACAAGUGUGUGCUGAAUGGCAUACUGGUGCAUGGAAACCUUGUGAUCAUCUUUGCGGAGGCGGAAAGGAAACGCGCGUUGUGACUUGUUUCAGAAAAGUAAAAGGCAAGAAAGAAAAACUUGAUGAUUCGGAGUGUGCUGAAGGAAAACCGGAAAACGAACGUAUUUGUAAUCAACGUCCAUGCGAAGGUGUUGACUGGGUGACUUCAGAUUGGUCUGGUUGUGACAAGUGCGGUCUGACUUCAGAGUCUCGUCGUGUGCAGUGCGCAACUGCAAAGGGUGAAGUGUAUCCAGAGGAGUUGUGCAAAGCUGACGAAAAACCAGAAGCAGAGAAAGAAUGUACCACGGAAGUUAAAGAUUGCGAGUAUGAAUGGUACGCGUCGCAAUGGAGUGAAUGUUCAGCAAAAUGUGGCAAAGGUGUCAUGACUAGAAAGGUCUUUUGUGCUUCCAUUGAAGAUCUCACUAAGGCCGGUGAUGAAAAAUGUAAUCCUGAUAUUAAAUAUAAUAACAGCAUGGAGUGCGAAGGCGAACAGGAAACUUGCACAGGUGAAUGGUUCAGUGGUCCAUGGAGUAAAUGUUCAAAGAAAUGCGGAGGUGGUGAAAAGACAAGGAAAGUAAUCUGUAUGCGCGAGGAGGAGACUGUCGCGGCAACUGAAUGUGGACCAGAUCAAAUUCCAUCAAGCUCUGAGCAAUGCAACACCGAGGCAUGCGAUAAGGAUGAAAUUCUGCCGGUUGACGUGACUAAACCAGUUGAUGUAAGUGAAAGUACUAAGGAGAGUGCUGCUACUGAUGAAGGAACUGGUAUGACUGAAGGUGGCAGUAAGGAAACACCCGAAGGAUCAGAAGGAACAACCGAGCCCGGAAUAUCAGUAACAACAGAAGAUGACUUUGAAAUUGUGGAGACAGAUGAUUGUGACGAUGGCGAAUGGAUUGAUGAUGAUGAAGAUUAUGAUGAGGAUGAAGAUGAAGACAAGGAGGGUACGACUCCAAUGGGAAGUAGUGAAGCUACUGAUUCUAGCGAUGCUAGCGAUGGCACUACUGUUUCUGGUGCUACUGAUGCUUCCGAAAUGACAGAAUCUUCACUUGCUACGGAAGAUCUAAUGUUAAGCGAUUCUACAGGCUCUGAAUCCGACGCAACUGAUGGAACACAAAGUACAGUUUCCAUGGAAACAGGAUCCGGUGAUGACUCUGAUGUUACAGGUACCGGCUCUGAUUCUACAGGAUCAGACACUACUUCUUCCUUGGAAGGAUCUGGUGAUGAUGAUGUUACCAAACCAUCAGGUGCAACAGAUAGUUCUGUUCCAACAGAUUAUGAUACUGCGGAAGUUGAUUUAACUGAUUUUGAUGUAACCGGUAUCACCACUGUAUCUGGUGAAACUGAUGCAACAGAUGUCUCUAAGGAAGAUGCAUCAACAACUACUUCAGAUGAGUCGUCAGAAGGUACUUCUGAUUCUAGUGCAACAACUGUUUCAUCAGGAGAUACCGAUAAUACCGAAACAACAGAAUCCACCGAGACCACUGAAACAACUGAGAGUACCGAAACAACUGAAACUACGCCUGAUUCAUCGGAUACAACAACCGAUUCAGCGACAGAAUCUACUACACCAGAGGUAUCUGAGACCACCACGUCUGAUUCAUCGGAUGCUACAACUCUGGCGGGUACUAGCGAGGCAGCAACUGAUGAUACCUCAGAUGGUACCGAUACCGAUGUUAAUCCCGAGGCUGAACUGCCAUCCGUUACUACAAAGAAAACAGAUACAAGCGAAGGUGUCACUGAAACUACGAGUGACUUUACUGGGUCAACUGAAUCAACAACCGAAUUCACCGGAUCAACUGAGUCGACUACUGAAUUCACUGGUUCAACGGAAAGUGCUACUGAAUUUACCGGAUCAUCUGAAUCUACAACUGAAUUUACUGGCUCCACAGAAUCUACGACCGUGUUUACUGGGUCAACGGAAUCAACUACAGAAUUUACGGGAUCGACGGAGUCUACUGUCGAAUUUACUGGAUCAACUGAAACAUCUGAAUCAACUGAAAAGGAUAUCUGGUCAUCGACUACUGAAAUUGGUUCUACACUCUGGACAACCACUGAAAUCACAGAAGAGUUGUUUACGCCUAAACUUAAGAAAUGCAGGAGGAGGAAGCGUAAGGAUUGUAAAGAAACUCCGUACGGUUGUUGCCCAGAUAAAGUUACUAUCGCUGAAGGACCCUUCGAUAAGGGUUGCCCAAUGCCCGAAACCUGCAAGGAAUCUAAAUACGGAUGUUGUGAAGACGGUGUUUCUGCGGCUAUGGGUAAGAACUUUAAAGGUUGCCCACCAACGCAUUGCGAAGAAAGUCUUUUCGGUUGUUGCCCGGAUAAAAAGACCCCUGCUGAAGGCGAGAACAAGGAAGGAUGUCCACCACCACCGCCGAAGUGUCUUAAAUCCAAGUGGGGAUGUUGUAAAGAUAAUGUCACGAAAGCCAAGGGUCCCAAAUACAAGGGAUGUGGCAAGGAUAAAGAAGAUUGUAACAAGACCAAGUUUGGAUGUUGUCCAGAUGGAAAGAACGCUGCAGAGGGUGAACACUAUAAAGGAUGCGACAUUAAUUGCAAGGAGUCUCAGUUUGGUUGUUGUCCCGAUGGGGUCAGUGCUGCUGAGAACAUCAACUUCAAAGGUUGUGAAACUCCGUGUUCGAACAGCACUUUCGGUUGUUGCGAAGAUGGUAUUACGCCUGCUCAUGGCUAUUACCGUGAAGGAUGUUGUCUUAGUUCACCGCAUGGUUGUUGUCCUGAUAAUAUCAAACCCGCUGAAGGACCUAAUCUGGAAGGAUGCGGUUGCGAAUAUUCUCCAUACCGUUGUUGUCCUGAUAACACCACUCCAUCUCGUGGUCCUAAUUACGAAGGAUGCGGAUGUCAAUACACUCCAAACGGCUGUUGCCCUGAUAGUUACACCCCCGCUGCAGGUCCAGAUUACCAAGGAUGCUUAUGUCACACUCAUCAAUUUGGCUGUUGCCCAGAUGGUGUAUCAAUUGCUCAAGGACCACAUCAACAAGGUUGUGGAUGCAGAAACUCCGAAUUUGGUUGUUGCCCAGAUACUAAGACUCCAGCACAAGGACCAAACAACGAAGGAUGUGGAUGCGACGCAAGUCAAUUUGGCUGCUGCAUGGAUGGUGUCACUGAAGCCAAAGGAGAGAAAUUCGAAGGUUGUGAAGAGAAACCAGAGAACAAACAAGCCGGAUGUUGGCAGACCAAAGAACAUGGACCUUGCAGGAACUUCUCAGUUAAAUGGUACUACGAUCAGGAUUAUGGCGGUUGCGCACGGUUUUACUACGGAGGUUGUGAAGGUAAUGAAAACAGAUUUAGAACAAUGGAGGAGUGCAGCGAAACCUGCGUUGAACCCAAAGGACGUGACAGAUGUAAACUACCCAAAGUCACCGGCGGAUGUGAACGUUACAAUCCAAGUUGGUUCUAUGACCAAGAACGUAAUCACUGCGCUCAAUUCAUUUGGGGCGGUUGUUUGGGCAAUAAUAAUCGCUUUGAGACCAGCGAGGAAUGCAUCAAAGAAUGCGUGGUUGAUUCAAAUAUAGAUUCCUGUGAUCAGCCUAAAGAAGAAGGUCCUUGUAGAGGACAAUAUCUGCGAUGGUAUUAUAACAACGAGACAAGCACAUGCGAUCAGUUCUACUACGGCGGGUGUCAAGGAAAUAACAACAAUUAUCCUACCGAACAAGCGUGUCAACAACAAUGUGCUGCACCCAACAGGAAGAAGGAACACUGCGCGUUGCCGAGAGCGCAAGGCAAUUGUGAAGGGCGAGACUCUAGGUGGUACUUCGAUGCGUCGGAGAAACGCUGCAUGCCCUUCUAUUACACUGGGUGCGAGGGUAACAGAAAUAACUUUAUCUCACAAGAUCAAUGCGAAGCUGAUUGUCCGAGAGAGAUUCAAAAAGACAUGUGCCACCUCCCAGCAGAAAUCGGUGACUGCGCUGAUUACAAAGAGCGCUGGUAUUACAACACAGCAGAAAAACAAUGCCGUCAAUUCUUCUACGGUGGAUGUGCUGGCAAUGGUAACAACUUUGCCACGGAACAAGAAUGUCUUGGUAGAUGUCAACGUUCUGAACCUCCACCACCACCACCUUAUGAUCCAUACGCCCAACCUGAUCGAGAAGAAGACCGCCGCCCACCUAGUCAACAACAUCCCUUCAACACAGAUAAAUGUUUCUUGCCUUCGGAUGCUGGUCCAUGCCGAAACGACUCCGAAGCAAGAUGGUUCUACGAUCGCGACGGAGUCUGCAAACAAUUUAUGUACGGCGGGUGUGAAGGUAACGCCAACAACUUCAAAACCCAAGAGGAGUGUACUCAAAUGUGUGGAAAUGCACAAGACCUUUGCACUUUACCCAAAGUGGUUGGACCUUGUGCCGGUGAAUUUGCUCAAGUCUUCUAUGACCGUGAUACGAAUUCCUGUCAAGAGUUUACAUACAGUGGAUGUUUGGGUAACGCAAACCGCUUUGACAGCAUUGGGGAAUGCGAACAGAGUUGUAAACAAGGUGGAAGAGAACCGGCCACCCAGGCACCUGCUAGUGACACAGCUAUCUGCUAUGAACAUGUUGAUCCUGGAUACUGUAACGAGUCUAUCGCAUCGUUCUACUUUAACAUUCAAACACAACGUUGUGAAACCUUCACUUACAGCGGUUGUGGCGGUAAUGGUAAUCGUUAUGCCAGUAUUGAACAAUGCGAGAGGCAAUGUGGAGCAUUUAGAGGUCAGGACGUAUGCUCAUUCCCACCGGAUCAAGGAACAUGCAGAGGAUACUUCUCUAAGUUCUAUUAUGACGAGCGCACUGGUAGCUGUCACGAGUUUGCUUACGGAGGGUGUGAAGGCAAUGGAAACCGCUUCAGUUCUGUACAGGAGUGCCAAGAUGUCUGCAUUAAACGAGACGAGACCAAACCCAACAAGACUAGUGGAGAGGUUUGCCUGCUACCGUUGGAGGUCGGCAGCUGCAGUAACCAACUGAAUAGGUGGUACUUUGAUAAUGCUCGUGGUGAAUGCCUCGCAUUCGUUUACACCGGAUGUGCUGGGAACUUCAAUCAAUUCGAUAGUUUCCAAGAUUGUGUGCGCACGUGCAAUGCGUAUCUGCGGAAGCAAAACGAAAUACCAGUGGUCGAAGGCGAUUGCUUGGCUAAACAACAACAUUGCCAUGAAUUGCAAUGUCCGUAUGGAGUUCAAGCACGCACUGACAACAACGGUUGCACAGUCUGCUCAUGCCAUGAUCCUUGCAAGGAUGUCUAUUGUGAACCAGGAACGCGUUGCGGUAUUGAUGUAAACCACAACCGAAGAACAAACGAGGAUGAUACUUUUGUUGCUACUUGCCGUCAAGAGAAUAAACGUGGUAUCUGUCCUCAAUUGGCACCAAGGUCGAAUGAAGAUUGCGAACGGUAUGAAGAAUGCCGUUCGGACGCUGAUUGUACUUUAGAUCUUAAAUGUUGUUCAACUGGCGGAUGCGGUACUGCUUGCGUGCCUCCUCAUUCCGAUGAACCUAGUGAACACCAGGUACCCACGCAUUACCAGCCUGCAUACACCGCACCACCAAUUGAAGCAGGACAAUAUGCUCCGGUCAUCGAUGAAGACUCAUAUGAACCAGCAGUCACUGCUAGAGAGGGUGAUUUUGCGACGUUGAGUUGUUCUGUACGUGGUAAUCCACAUCCGACUAUCAGUUGGAGCAAAGACAACCUUAUUAUUGAUGGUAAACUACCUCGUUACCGUCUUCUUCUUGAUGGUAACUUGCAAAUUGUUACCUUGCAUCGCACCGACAGCGGCAUUUACUUGUGUACAGCUGAUAAUGCAGUGGGUCCAAAGAUUAAGAACCAAGUGGAACUCACCGUUUCAGAUGGUGUACCCUUCGAAGCGGGUCUAUUAGACGUCCCAGAAGAAGAGCGUGCAGUCACUGUUGGAUUGGGCUCGCCAGCCGUGCUCAACUGCUAUGCCCUCGGCUUCCCUAUUCCAACAGUCACGUGGUGGAGAAAUGAGUCGCUUAUCCCGCUCAAGACCAGUCAGUAUGAGCAACGCAAGGACUAUUCCCUACUUAUCAACAAAGUGGAAUUACAUGAUCUGGGCGUAUACACUUGUCAAACAUACAAUGGUAUUGGUAAAGCCGCCAGUUGGAGCGUUACAGUCCAGGCACAAGGUCCUGUAUACAGCACCAACCCUGAUGACUCGAUUUACAUGCAAUACGUGAUUGACCAGCCCCCAUCAAGAAUAGAACCCACGCAAUCUCCGUACUAUCCUCCAUAUGGUCAAUACGCACACGUUGCAACACAUCAACCUGCAUACGUUCCACCAGUUUAUACUGAGCCACCAAGGACCUAUCAAGUUCCUGUUGUGGUACGUGUCAACCCAACUGAAGCAUCCGCAAGCCAAGGACACGACGUGGGCAUCUCGUGUGAUGUUGACGGAUAUCCAGUACCGCGGGUGGAGUGGUUCAAGGACGAUGAGAGGCUGGAACGCUCUCCGCACUACGAAAUCACGGAAACAAAUCGAUUGCUGAUCAGGAAUAUUACCAGCGAUGAUGCGGGUACCUACAAGUGUGAAGCGACCAAUGUCUACAGCCAACAUAGUGGCUCUGCUACAGUUACCGUCAAGAGUGGUCCGUAUAUUCCUCCAUCGUGUAGGGAUAAUCCAUUCUUGGCGAAUUGCAACAUCAUUGUUCGCAACAACUUAUGUAACCACCAGUACUAUUCGCGCUUCUGUUGCCUUUCGUGCGCGAAGGCCGGCAAGCUGACACCAUUCGAGGAGUCCACGGACGUCGACUCCAAUCGGAUUUAAUUCCGGCCCUAAUUAAAUUAUCCUUUUUGUAACUAGUCCGAAUUUAUUCAUUAAUGAGAAAAAGAAACGAAAAUCGUCUCAUCAAAUCCCUUCCUUUACGUUUAUGGAAUAUGCACACUGUACGCGAGCGUUUAAUAACGAAAUUAUGUUUUGCCAUAUUAAGCGACCUGCAGGCCACUACUGCGAGUCGCGUAUUUGUACAUAGAUAUACUAUAAAGAAUACCAUUAAUUAAUUUGACGGCGGAGCAAUGCAGAAGUAUCAAAUUCAAUGUGUUCGUAAUUAAAAUUAAAACUUAACUUCAAAAAACAAACGUGCCAAUGCGUUAAUAUUAUGUGUUAAUGUUAAUUAUAGCAAUUUUUGCGAUUUUGUAUGAUUGUAUUUUUGUACUCAUAAUAAACGAUGGUAACUGCCCUUCAAA